UGUUUCUUAUCGACGACGCCAUUUUGCUAAGCUCUCUUGUCUAUAAUUUCAAUAGAUCGUCUUUGGACAAGGUCCGUAGAUAAUUUUACUCUUUGGAUAGAUUUUCCUGGUGGAAUAAUUAUGUACGAGUAUUUCUAAAAUGGAAUCUUGGUCUAAUUUAUGUCGGUGCUGUUUAUCUCCAAAUUCUGAAGUGUCACUUUUAAAUAACGAAGAUAAUAUUAGAGAAAAAUUUUUAGAAGUCACGACCAUUGAGGUUAGUGAGGACGACGGUCUUCCCCAGAAGCUGUGUGUAGAAUGCUUUUCAACUAUGACUUCAGCUUAUCAAUUUCGUACUCAGUGCCUAAAAAUGGAUAAAGAGCUGAAGGUUCAAUUAAAUAUUAUAACAAACCAGAAUAAGGAACCAAACUCACCACAAUUUUCUCAAAUCGAAACUCAAGUCAAAGGCAGUGCAGACAUGACCAUCGAGGAUAUUGCCAAAGAAUCUAUGAAACAAAUUGAGAAAAUCAUCAAAACCGAACCCUGUGAUGAUGACGAUACAUACUAUGUACUCGUGAUUGAUGACCCUAAAGAUAGUGAAUUGCAGUGUACAGUGAAAAAAGAAAAUGCUGAAAGUAAACUGGUGCCUGAAAUUAUAAAAAAUGUGAAACAAGAGAAAGAUAUAUUUAAGUAUGAUAGUGAGAACACUGAGACAAAGUUACUACAAUCCACCAAUCAAUUUGAAAACUGUGUAGAUUCAUUCUUGAUGGCCAACUCUAUUCCGAACAAAGUGCCAGCUACAAUACUAGAAAAUGAAGAACAAGACUCCGAACAGAACUAUGAAAUGGAUGUAGAUACAACCCAAGAGCAGACAGAAGAACAGGAGCUUUCCUUUGUUCAAGGAGAUGGAUUAACUAUACUAGAAAAUCCACCGAACACUGGUGAGGACUCCCAGGAGACUCUUAAUGAUUUCUCUAUAGCCCUUGCAAGGAAAGAUUUGGAUAGGUCUAAAAAUAUUAUUAAAAUAUUAUCACCUUCCGGAGGCGAACAAGCAAUAUUUUUGAAGAACGGUGAAAAUAUCAAAUAUUUGACUGAUUCACAACUAGUCGACGCAGGUGAUGAUGUAUCGCAAGAUCAACAAGUAAUACUCUGUGAAGGUGAGGAGGGAUCCCAGUUCCAAAUAUUAAAAUGUGAUGGCUCGGAGUUAGUAAUUGAGUAUAGUGAUGACAGUCAAAUCGCUACUGUUCUUCAACAGGAGGAUGGUACGUUUCUGUGUGAUUGUGGAGAGCAAUUCGAAGAUCUGACUCAGUAUGAGGAACACCAGCAUACACAUCAAUAUACUUCUACCGCUGAUCUCACCUGUCACUUAUGUGGGAAGUCAUUUGAGACUUCUGAAGUUCUGGCUGGCCAUAUGGUCUUACAUAGUGUAAAUACUCUUCUCGUAAAGUGCCUCUUCUGCAAUCAAUUUGUCAAGCGUAAUGGCUUGACACAACAUAUAAAGUAUGUUCAUAACAGCAAACCAAAGUGCAAUGUGUGCUGGAAAACAUUUGCCAACCUGAACAACUUGAAACGUCACAUGUUGAUCCAUAAAGGUGUUAAGGAUUUUGAAUGUGAUAUUUGUAACAAGAAAUUUGCCCAAAAAAUCACAAUGCAAACUCACAAGUUAACACAUGUAAAUCCAUUGGUGUGCACCCAGUGCGGUUGUUUGUUCGAAGAUCAGGAAAGUCUAGCCACACACAAGGAUGGCCUUUGUAAGAAAACAAUGACCGAGAAGGUCGAUCAGAUUAAAGAGGAUUUAAUGAAGACUGUCAAACAGGAGGUGACUACGAGUAGUGGUAAAUUACUAGGUUAUGCAUGUUCUAUAUGCAAGAAGAUGUAUUCCCUAGAAUCUGCAAUAGAGCAACAUAUUGAAAAUGUGCACAUAGAAAAACUGGAUGUGGCUUUUGAGGAUCAAAGUCAGGGCAAAAAGACAGUUAAAAGAUUUCCAUGCGGGACCUGUGGUAAAGGCUGUGCCAGUCAGGCCAUGUUGAUAAUGCACGAACGAGUACACACUAAUGAGAGACCAUUCCCUUGUCAACUGUGCUCAUUGAGGUUCAAGACCAAGACUCAUUUACGUACUCAUCAGCUUACUCAUACUCGGGAGAAGAAAUUUGGUUGCUCCGUUUGUAUGAAAUUCUUUGCCCUAAAAGGCAAUCUUGUGGUUCAUCUAAGAACACACACUGGGGAGAGGCCCUAUCAGUGCAAUUUAUGCAAUGAAGCAUUUAUAGACUCGAAAUAUCUCAAAAAACAUAAGCUAAAGAAACAUGCUAUUGAGAAUGUCCCGUGGAACCAAUAUACCAUAGAUUCUAAUGAAUAAACAUAUUACGUGAUUUAAUUUUACCAUAUUUGUAAUUUUAUAAUCUGAAACUUGGUAUGAUGUCAAUUGCGUGGUAGAAGUAGCUAGAACUAUGAUAAUAAAUCUGAUACCAAAAGUG